UUUGAGGAAUAAUAAAGCCGGAUAAUUAGCACCAAUUCUGGGGCUCAUAUAUGUAUCAAUAUAUUCCUUCAAACUGCAUUGUUUUUUGGCUCAUAUAAAAGAAAAAUAUAAGUAUUUUCCCUUUUUGUUCUUUUAUUUAUGACCUCAAGAACAUAAUAAAUAAGUAAUUACUAAAUACCUAAACCAUCGACGUCAUUAUAAAGCACAUUAUUAUGGCAGAAAGACUAGGAUCCAUGUCGUGUUCAUUGUUGAUAAUCGUAUUCCUUCUUGUGUUGCCACACACAUUUGCAAAGUCAGGUGCAUGGAAAAAUGCUCGUGCCACCUUCUACGGUCCCCCGGAGGGAACCAUUGGCGGAGCAUGUGGGUACGAAGACAACAAAGAGAGCUAUGGGGCAUACACGACAGCAUUAAGCACUGCAUUGUUCAAAAAUGCCGAGAGAUGCGGAGCUUGUUACGAAAUAAUGUGCGUGAACAGCGCGUCCUGCAAGCCUGGUGGGAACACCAUCGUAGUGACUGCCACUGAUUUCUGCCCUCCUAAUUGGGGCGCCGCCAACGCCUGGUGCAAUCCUCCUAGGAAACAUUUCGAUUUGUCUCAGCCCGCGUUUCUCCAAAUUGCUGACUACAAAGCCGGUGUCGUCCCUGUCCACUAUCGGAAGGUUGCAUGCAAGAGAAGCGGAGGGGCAAAGUUCACGAUAACAGGGAACCCAUUCUUUAACCUAAUAGAAGUGACAAAUGUGGGGGGAGGAGGAGACAUUGAGAAGGUUGAGGUGAGAGCAGAAGGAAGGGAUAGAUGGAUAAUGCUGAAGAGGAAUUGGGGUGAGAAGUGGGAAACCGAUGAGAAACUUGCUGGGAGCGCUCUCACAUUCAGGGUCACCACUACUGAUGGAAGAUUCAUUACUUCUCAUAACGUCGCUCCUAAAGGGUGGCAGUUUGGCCAAACCUUCGAGGGCCAAAACUUCUGAUGGAAUUUCACCCAUGCAUCCAUGAUUCCAUGUGUGUAUUUAUAUGUAAUUCAAAAAGGCAAUAUAAUGGCACAAACCUU